UCUCACACCGGAAGUUACUCUUUUCGUUUUUCUAACUAUGGCGGGCAUUUUGCUGGCGAGUCGCUGCAGGUGUUAUGUAUUAUGCUGUGUUUGCUUAUGCCGUAAUAAAUAAUGUAAACGUGACAAAACCUCGUGAAAUCGUAGUACAUAUUUACUAUUAAAGCACUGUAACGAACGUAUUUUACACCCGAGAAAAAUAAGAAGCCCAAAUUCGACAUGGAUGAUGAGUAUCUCCGUCUGGAAGAUACAGAUAAGCUGUUACUUCAACUUGCAUUUCAGAUACAUGAAGUAAUGACCUGUAAAGAUAAGGAAAAGCAGAAGAUUGAAAUUUUAUCUUCUAGUGUUGCAGAGAAAAAGAAUUACAUUAAAGAACUGAAAACCAAGCUUGAAAUCCUGGAUCAAGAAAUUGGUGAAAGGCAGAAAUGUCUUGCGCAUUACAAAGAUGAUUAUAAAAGUUUAAAGAUCACUAACUCCCUUCUUCUUAAGUAUGAGAGUGAGUUGAAGACAGAGCUACAAAAUGAGAACAUACAGACUGAGCAAGAACUAACAAAGUACAGAGAACAAUUAGAAAAUUAUUCUGAAGUUUAUCAGCAGUUCCAGGGUGCACAUUGUCAAGGUCCUCAAUGGCAGCAGCUUUUAGAGAAAAAAUCGGCGCAGCAUCAGGUGGAACAGAGAAUCAAGGCUUAUGAAGAUGAGAUAGAAAUGCGAAAGAAAAUGAUGCAGGCUCUAAGAGAUUACACACCUUUACCAGUUCUCAGUCAAUAUGUAUUGAAACUUGUUUCCCUAAGACAGAGUACUAUACAACUUCGAAGAAAGACUGAAUUAGCACGGCAAGAAAUGCUAACGAAUAUGUUUAAGGAUAAAGAAAACAAAACUGAACAGACAGACAAAGAAAUUACAGGAUUUGAAUCCUGUGAAAACAAGGAACUACAAAGUAAUGAGAGACUGCCUUCUGGUAACUUACCCAAUGAAAAGGAUAGAUACACUAUUAAUUUUGAUACAUCAGCAGAAGGGGAUUUUGUAGAUCAACCUGAAGAAACUCACCAAGAUGCAGAGGAUGUGCAAAAGAUUAAUAGUUCUAAAGUUGAAAAUAAGGUUGAAUCACAAAUGGAAGAAACCACUGAAGUUAACAUAUUAAAGGUUAACCCUGAACAGCUAAGCAGAAAUACAGAAAAUGAAAUCCAAGCAGAUGUGCCACAGCAAAUGUCAAAAACCAUUCCAGCACAAAAACAUGCAAAUGAGGAAAAGGAGGAUCAUUUAUUUCCAAAAGCUUCUCUUUCCAAAGUUGAAGGGUCACAGAGUACUCCAAGUUUUUCUUUACAGAGCUUUAAUCUGAGGUCAGAAGAAUCAGAUUCUAAAUAUCCAGGAUUUUUUUUCUCAAGUAAUGCAUCUCCUAAAGACUACUUUCCUGUAUUUAGUGGCAGUUUCUUUAAUCCAGAGGUAUCUUGCAAGGAGGAAGUAAUCAACUCUGCUUCAUCUUCUAAAAGUAAGCUUGACAUUUUCAGUGCAAGUUCAACUUAUGAAGAAAUGUGGGUUACGAAAGUCCUCAGGAGAAGAGCUCAUACAUUACCCAAGGCCUGCCCGUCCGUUAUGGAUGAUCCCAGCUGUGUUACCUGCUGAAGACCGUUGAUAAGAGUAAAAGAGUUCAUUUUAAAAAUAUUAGAUCUCUCUUGCUUUACAUGUACCCUCAUCAUCACUCCUGUGCAUUUUCGUGGUAUGUGUCUCAGCUCUUCUUGGCCAUCACUUCCUUUCUCAAUUGUGUUCCUGUAAUGCCUGCUUCUCAUGCCUUUCCUUGGUAUCCUUGUUUAUCUGAACCUAUCUUGCCAUGGAACUUCCUGUCUCAAACGCGUCUGACUGAGCACCUAAUGUCCAAUCAGAUUGUUUGGAAGUACCAGACAAACACACACAGCAGUGUUUUAUACUAUCUAUCUAUCUAUCUAUUAUACAGUAGAUGGAUAGACACACUGAAAUGAAAAUCUCAACUAAGGCUGAAUUUCUAAAAACACUGAGCUGAAUUUCCUUUCUUUUUAUUUUUUGCAUGUUUUGUG